CGCAAAGAGAUCUUCUGUGGCACAGAUUCGACGAAACAAGCGGUUGAACGUGCUAAACACGGGCCGAGGUUGGGCAUCCGCCAGAUCACGGCGGAACUCAUCCGCUACGUGCGUAGAAAUUCUACAUAAAUAUAAACGUGGCAUUUGUAAUUCAUUUGUUCACAGUCGCUUAAUAUUACAUACAACCACUUCUGUUGUUAAUGAGUAAAGAGAAAACAGAAGUCUCUCCUCAAAACGACGACCGAGUUUCAGCAGAGACGAUCCUCGAGCCCAUCGGCACUAAAGGCUCCUUCGGCGAACCUGAUGCUAACCAGGUCGAUGUCGAUGCUGCUAUUGGUGAAUACCGUGAAUUAAAGCGUGAAUUAUCUCGUAUUAGCCGUCAAUCUGUCAACGAAAGCAAAAUCGAAGCAGGUGCUGCUGCUCAAGAAGAGUUCAACCUCGAUGAUUUCUUGAGUGGAAUGGGCAACGAUGCCGAACAAGCAGGACAUACACCCAAACAAUUGGGACUUGUCUGGCGCGACCUUACAGUUAAGGGUCUUGGUGCUGGCGCUCACGUAGUUCCCACUGUUGCGAAUGGUAUCAUCAAUGCGCUUCAAUUCUGGAAGUAUUUCGGUAUUGGCGUGAACAAGACCAAGAAGACCAUCCUUCGAGGGCUCAAUGGUUUCUGUAAAGAUGGUGAAAUGUUACUCGUCCUUGGUCGCCCUGGCGCUGGUUGUACUAGUUUGCUGAAAAUUUUGGCCAAUGUACGCGGUUCCUACACAGAUAUCGAUGGUGUAGUCAGCUACGGUGGCAUUGACCCGAAAACCUUCGAAAAAUACUAUCGUGGCCAAGUCAUCUAUAAUGAAGAAGAAGAUCAACAUUAUCCUACCCUUACUGCACGUCAAACCUUGCAGUUUGCUUUACGCUGUAAGACUCCUGGUGCUCGUCUUCCGGAUGAAACCAAGAAUGAUUUCGUUGAGAAGAUCAUUUACCUCCUUGGUAACAUGCUGGGUCUCACCAAGCAAAUGAACACCAUGGUCGGUAACGCUUUCGUCCGUGGUCUUUCUGGUGGUGAACGCAAGCGUCUCUCGAUUGCCGAAGUUAUGACCACCCAAAGUUCGAUCAACUGCUGGGAUUGUUCUACCCGUGGUCUCGAUGCUGCAUCUGCCCUUGAUUAUGUUCGUUCCCUUCGUAUCAUGACCGACGUGUUCAAGAAGACGACAGUCGCUACCUUGUACCAGGCAUCGAACAACAUCUACAGUUUGUUUGAUAAGGUCUUGUUGCUCGAUGACGGUUACUGUAUCUUUUUUGGUCCUAUUAGUGAGGCAAAGCCUUACUUUGAAGGACUCGGAUUCCACUGCCCCCCUCGUAAAUCGAUUCCCGAUUUCCUCACUGGUCUUUGCAACCCCUUGGAACGUGAAAUCAAGCCCGGUUUCGAGAACUCAGCCCCACAGUUCGCAUCCGAAUUUCAAGAGCAAUAUUACAAGUCUGAAAUCCACCAACGCAUGAUGGCCGAAUUGCAAGCUUACGAACAACGUAUCGACCAGGAAAAGCCCGGCGACCGCUUUAAAGAGGCUGUCGCUGAGGAGCACCAGAAACAUGCUUCCAACCGUGAACCCUACACUUCAUCAUUCUGGCAACAAGUCAAGGCACUUACCGUCCGUCAAUAUCAUCUUUUGAUUAAGGAUUACCCUGCUCUUAUCUCUCGUUAUGGUACUAUUAUCAUUCAAGGUCUCAUCACUGCAUCGUGCUUCUUCAACAUUCCGUUGACCGGUAUCGGUGCAUUCUCUCGUGGUGGUGCCUUAUUCUUUGCUUUGCUAUUCAACGCUUUCAUUUCCCAAACUGAAUUGGUGAACUUCUUGAUGGGUCGACCGGUACUUUCAAAGCAAAAGCACUUUGCCAUGUUCCGACCUUCUGCAUUCUAUAUUGCUCAAGUAAUCCUGGAUGUCCCUUACGCCGUCGUUCAAGUCUUACUUUUUGAGAUUUGCUCAUACUUCAUGAUGGGUCUUAACCUUGAUGCCGGACGAUUCUUCACCUACUUUAUUACCUUGUUCUUCAUCAACAUGAUGAUGAAUGGCUUGUUCCGAUUCUUUGGUGCCAUCACAGCAGACUUUUUCCUUGCCAAUCAAAUUGCUGGUUUCGUUCUUAUCACCGCCGUGACCUACACUGGUUAUGUGAUUCAUUACUACUCCAUGCAUCCUUGGUUAUUCUGGGUUUACUGGAUAAAUCCUCUCGCAUAUGGUUACAAGGCUCUCUUGAUCAACGAAAUGCAGGGCCAAAUUUACUCUUGCGAUGGUAUCGGCAACGCUGUACCUUAUGGUCCUGGCUACGACGACUGGACUCAUAUGGUGUGCACCAUGAAGGGUGGCACUCCUGGUCAAAACUUUGUCCGUGGUGAUGACUACUUGCGCACUGCUUUGAACUAUGAACCCAACCACUUAUGGGCUCCUGACUUUGUCGCUGUCGUUGGAUUUUUCCUGCUGUUUACUUUUGCCACUGCUACUUGCAUGGAUUACAUCAAUGCUGACAAAGGUGGCGCUCUUACUAAAUUAUACUUGCCCGGUAAAGCUCCUAAACCUCGUACUGACGAAGAAGAAGACGAAAGACGACACAGACAAGCAGAAAUUACCAACAACAUGGAAAGCAUCUCCACCGGUACAACAUUCUCAUGGCAACACGUUCACUACGAGGUUCCUUUCAAGGGUGGACCAUUGCAUUUGCUAAACGAUAUUUCCGGUAUCGUCAAGCCUGGUCAUUUAACUGCUCUCAUGGGUUCUUCUGGUGCGGGUAAAACAACUCUUCUCGAUGUUUUGGCCAAGCGAAAGACCAUUGGCAAGGUUGACGGUCGUGUAUAUCUCAACAACGAAGCGCUGAUGUCUGAUUUUGAGCGUAUCACUGGUUACUGUGAGCAAAUGGAUAUUCACCAGCCGGCAGUCACUGUUCGCGAAGGCAUGCAAUUCUCUGCUUAUCUGCGUCAAGAUGCCGAUGUUCCCAAGGAAGAAAAGGACGCCUAUGUCGAGCAGAUCAUUACCCUGUUGGAAAUGGAAGAUAUUGCUGACUGUCAGAUCGGUGAAGUCGAACACGGUGUCGGUAUCUCGGUUGAAGAACGCAAACGUCUCACGAUUGGUAUGGAACUUGUCGCCAAGCCUAAGCUGCUUUUCUUGGAUGAACCUACUUCUGGUUUGGACGCCCAAAGCUCUUACAACAUUGUCCGCUUCAUCCGCAAGUUGGCCGAUGCCGGUUGGCCCGUCUUGUGUACCAUCCAUCAACCCUCUGCCAUUCUGUUCGAACACUUUGAUCACUUGUUGCUUUUGGUCCGUGGUGGUCGCACUGCUUACUAUGGUGAAAUUGGCAAGGAUGCCCGUACCAUGAUUGACUACUUUGAAUCCAACGGUGGCCCUACCUGCUCUCCCGAUGCCAACCCUGCCGAAUACAUUCUGGAAGUUGUUGGUGCUGGUACUGCUGGCAAGGCUACACGCGACUGGGCUGAUAUUUGGGCCAACUCUGCACAGGCACAAGCUCUCGAAGAAGAAUUGGAAGAAAUUCAUCAGCACGCUGAAAAGAACCCUACUCGUAAAUCUCUUACUUACGCCAAUGGUUUCUGGUACCAAUUCAGCCUUGUGCUGAAACGCAUGACGACUGCCUACUGGCGCUCGCCUCAGUACAACAUUGGUAGAUUUGUUACCUUGAUGUUCACCGCUUUGAUUAACGGUUUCAGUUACUGGAAGAUGUCUUACACCACUACCGAUAUGCAGAACCGUCUCUUUGUUUUGCUUUCUACCUUCAUUAUGGCAAACAUUUUGAUUAUUCUUGCACAACCCAAGUUUAUGACUGAAAGACUCUACUUCCGUCGCGAGUACGCGUCGCGUUUCUAUGGCUGGAUGCCUUUCGCGUUCUCUGCAGUACUGGUCGAAAUCCCGUAUAUUCUGUUUUUCUGCGCCUUCUUUAUGUGCGGUUUUUACUGGACUGCCGGUUUGGUCAAUACUUCGGAAGCUUGUGGCUACUUCUACGUCAUGCUUAUAUUCUUUGUUUUCUGGGCCGUUACACUUGGUUUUGUCAUUGCUGGUGCUGCCGAAAACCCGCUCAUGGCAUCUGUCAUCAACCCCAUCAUUAUCUCCAUGUUGAUUCUGUUCGCUGGUUUGAUGCAACCUCCUUCCUCUAUGCCUCAUUUCUGGAGCUCUUGGAUGUACUGGUUGGACCCGUUCCAUUACUAUAUUGAAGGUCUCGCGGUCAACGAACUCGAAAAUCUUCCGGUGGUUUGUAACGAUGAUGAUUAUGUAAGCUUCACACCUCCCGCUGGCCAGACUUGUGGUGAUUAUACCGCCAACUUUUUCAGCAUGGGUGCCACUGGAUAUAUCGAAGACGGAAACGCUACCGACGUAUGCCGAUACUGCACAUACAGCUCUGGCAAGGAAUAUUACACGACAACCUAUGGUUGGGACGCUGCAAACAAAUGGCGCAACUUUGGUAUCAUCAUUUGCUACUUUGCAUUCAACGUCCUCGUGUUCUUGGCUCUCUGCUUCUGGAAGAAGAAGGGAAAGAGAUAAACGACAUCUCCUUCUAUCUUCUCCCUUUCCAUUUUUCUUCAUUUCUUCCGUUUUACGGCUUUCAUUCACACUUACAUACACCGCGCAUUAAAAACUCACACUUCUAUUACCUGUACAUUUAAAGCUCUACACACAACGCAUACGCACAAAUUCAACUAAAUCUCACUAUGUAGCAUUUUUAUUACACGCACGUACACUUUUUAUUUUAGCUGAUACCGC